AGAAAAUAAACCUAGUGCUGCUAACCAGGCUAGUUAUGGAACCAAACCCAAAACACUUGUUUUGCCAUUUGUGACUGGUCAAGGGGGGCUUUCCCUGCAUGUAGCGUCUCUACCUGGGAGAAAAGCACGGCCACUGGAUUUUCGGACCGUCUCUUUUUUAAAAGUCAAGUUUAAGACGCCAGCCAGGAGAGGAUUUCAUUAGCUACCCUGUAUGCGAGCUAGCUAACUGGGCUAACCGUAGCUGAGCAAAGGUGCACUGGAUGAACUUCGCAUGGACUGACUGCAGCGACUGGGAUAGUAGCCUGCUGCCUGACUGCAAGCUUUCUUUCGGGUUGGGUCCUUCACAUGGGAGUCUGUCGUGCUUAAUGGACACUAUCGCCUCGGAGCUUAAAGGCGAUAACUGUGUGCAAAUGUUUUUGUGGCGUACGCCAUCACGUUAUUGAUUUGGAAAUCCACUGGCAAGCUAACAGGAUAUUAGCCUCCUCUCUCUCGCUUUGUGGUUGCAGGCCAUGGACUAAAAAGCAUUCAUCACUGACUGAGUGAUGAGAAGGCUGGCUUGAUGGCAGCUAAUUAUUUAUUGGGAAGCAGCAAUUGGAUACAACUAGACAGACAAAAGAAGCGUUUGAUUUGAAAGUUGUCCCCCGAACACUUCAACUCCUGCUUGGUCUUUUUACUUGAAAAUGCAUCGGAGUGCAGGAGCUUUUUCCAAUUUGGGAUAGAAGAGACGCACAAGAAAACAGCGGGAUUACAACUCCACUGUUGAUAAAAGUCCUCCACAGUUAAAAAAAAAGUAACUAGGUGAAAUAUAAUGUCUACCGCAAAAGAAAACCCUUGUAGGAAAUUCCAGGCGAACUUUUUCAACAAAAGUAAAUGUCAGAACUGCUUCAAACCACGAGAGUUGCAUCUAUUGACGGACCAGGAUUUGACCCAGGCUAAACCUAUUUAUGGUGGAUGGCUGUGCUUGGCCCCUGAGGGAACUGACUUUGACAAUCCAAUGCAGAGAUCCCGGAAAUGGCAACGGAGAUUCUUUGUGCUGUACGAACAUGGCUGCCUGCGCUUUGCCCUGGACGAGUCGCCAAGCACUCUGCCUCAGGGCACGGUGAACAUGAACCUGUGUACAGACGUCAUAGACGCAGAGCCCAAGACAGGCCAGAAGAACUCCCUGUGCAUCAUCACCCCGGACCAGGAGUACUUCAUCAGAGGAGAGAAUAAAGAGAUCAUCAAUGGGUGGAGUGAACAGUUGGUGGUGUACCCCCGAACCAACAAACAGAACCAGAAGAAGAAACGCAAGGUGGAGCCUACAACUUCCCAGGAGCCAGGCCCAGCCAAGGUAGCAGUGACCGGCUCUGGUAUCCCCGAGGCGGAGAAGGUUCCAGACUCGAGCUCCAUCAUCUGGCAGGAGGAGCUGAACCAGAGAGAGGCUGAGGGGGCUGCUGUCUGGGCCACUGCUGACCUGCCUCCAGGAUCACCGCUGCCCCCCACAGGUGACUUGGCAUCUGUGGCACAGGGCUCUGACGCAGGCUCAGUGAAUGGAGACGAGGUGGACCGGGGCAGCCUGGUGCUGCAUGGCUCUGCGCCCCAGCCCCCCAGUGACCUGCUCUCCCCGACAGGCUCAUGCUCCAGCCUGGGGGGCGUCCCACGCUGCCUCUCGCCAGCCCCCAGCGACCCGUUCCCCUCCGGCAGCUCCCUGCUUUCUAACGGCUCCCACAUCAGUGGCUCAGUCAGCUCUCUGGACUCGGACGCCAGCGGGAGCACGGUGACCAGCACUGACAGCCACCCAGCCAACCAGAGGGGCGGCCACUCCUUCAGCCACCACGACACGCCACGAUCCAGGCGGCUGGAGGCUGAGGCCAGAAAGGCGGAGAAGAGGAGCCGGUUCAGGAGCCCUGACAGGCAGGAUAGGGAGGCUGUCCUCAGCCCUGAGAGGAGUCGCUCCGGUGUUAUUGAAAAGUUGGAGGCCUUAGAGCUGGAGAAUCCAGAGAAAAUGGAGGUGGAGGAGUCGGGGAGGAGUGGAGCCAGACAGGGCCGAAGUGAGCACAGACGCUUCCACAGAGAGGAGCACAGGCAUGACGUGGGUCUGGAUUUUCCCUCCACCCUGCCGCCUCUGAGAAGAGCCAAGUCCCUGGACAGAAGGACCACUGAGUCAGUCAUGACGCCGGAUUUGCUGAACUUCAAGAAAGGUUGGAUGGUGAAGCUUGAUGAGCAAGGCCAGUGGAAGAAAUACUGGUUUGUUCUGACGGAUCACAGCCUGAGAUACUACAAGGAUUCAAUUGCAGAGGAGGCCUCUGACCUGGAUGGUGAGAUUGACCUGUCUACUUGUUGCAAUGUAACUGAGUACCAGGCUCAGCGUAACUAUGGCUUCCAAAUACAUACCCAGGAGGGAGUGCACACUCUGUCGGCCAUGACAGCAGGGAUACGCAGGAACUGGAUCCAAGCAGUCAUGAAGAACGUCAGACCCUCCACUGCCCCUGAUGUGGCGAGCUCAACUGAGGAUCACGGCUCCUUCUCUCCUUUGGAGGGUCUGGUUAGGCCAGACGUCACCCAGGACUCUCCCUCCUCUGAGGCCUCGUCCGUGGACAGAGAAUCUGCUCCGGGUGUCAUAAAGAGCAGGGCACGCGAGCGCAGGAGAGAAGGCCGCUCUAAGACCUUCGACUGGGCAGAGUUCAGACCCAUUGCACAGGCCCUGGCUCAGCAGCGGGCCCAGGAGGCCGAGAGCCUCCAGGCAGACCUGGGAGAGCUGGAGCGCAGUCGGAGAAGAGAAGAGAGGCGGAAGAGGUAUGAAUCCGUGACCACCCCAUCGGCAGAGCAGACGUCCGUUAAAGAAGGAGGGAGUACAGACUGUGAGAGCAGAGAAGGAGUCACACAAACAGAUUCAUUAGGUCCCACACCUUUGGAGAGGCAGAAGAGGGUUGAGGAGGUGAUCGAACAACACUGGCAGCAGGUGGAGAGUACGCCCAUACGGGAGGAGAGGAGGGUCCCUCUGCCCACCACAGUGCAAUCCAGAGAGACCGCAGAGCUGGAGCAACUACUGGAGAAUUACAAGCAAGGGAUAGAGGACCUGAAGGCACAGUUGGAGAGCUGUCACCAGCAGCUCCUUGACUCAAACAAGCACAAGCAGGAGCUGGAGCUCCAGCUGAGGACGGCUCUGGAGAGAGAGCAGGACAUCCGGGCAGGUUACAUCUCUCCGCUGGAGCACCCUUUGGGUCUGGAGGCUGAUGUGAUGCCCCAGAUGAAGAGGCCCGAACUGGCCACCUGUGAGAGGGGCUUCGCUGCCAUGGAGGAGUCCCAUCAGAAGGUGAUAGAUGAGCUGCAGAGGAAACACCAGAGAGAGCUGGAGAACCUGCAUGAGGAGAAAGAGCGGCUGCUGGCAGAGGAGACAGCAGCCACCAUCGCUGCAAUUGAAGCAAUGAAAAACGCCCACCGGACAGAGUUGGAGAAGGAGCUGGACAAGGCUCGCAAAGCCAACAGCAACACAGAAAACGCAGAUAUAGAGGAGAUUCGCAGACAACACGAGGAGGAGCUGUGUUCGUUCCAGCGGGAGAUCGAGGUGUUGUCGGAGCAGUAUUCCCAGAAGUGCCUGGAAAACGCCCACCUGGCCCAGGCGCUGGAGGCCGAGAGGCAAGCCCUCAGGCAGUGUCAGAGAGAGAACCAGGAGCUCAACGCACACAACCAGGAGCUGAACAACCGUCUCGCAGCGGAGAUCACAAAGAUGCGCUCCAUGACAUCUGAGGAUGGAGUAGGAGACACCAACCCCACAAUACAGGGGAAAGAACUCUACGAGUUAGAAGUGAUGCUGAGGGUGAAGGAGUCAGAGGUCCAGUAUUUGAAGCAAGAAAUCAACUCCCUGAAAGACGAACUCCAAGCUGCCCAAAGAGACAAGAAAUAUGCAACAGAUAAGUACAAGGACAUCUACACGGAGCUGAGCAUCGUCAAGGCCAAAGCAGAGCGGGACCUGGGCCGGCUCAGAGACCAGCUGCAGCUGGCUCACGAGGCACUGGGGGAGCCGUCACUGGAGGACAUGGAGCGGGGAGGCUAUGAUAUCAUGAAGUCUAAAAGCAACCCGGACAUCCUCAAGAUGGCAGCCGCCGCAGCCAAACGCUCAGAGCGCACCAUGAGGUCGAAGAGUCUAAAGGAAGGGCUGACAGCUGAGCAGAGACUCCACCUGUUCGAAAAUAAAGACACUAAGGAGUUCUGACAGUGAUGCAUCAUGUCUACCUACCUUGCUGCAUGUUUAGAAGCCCACUAUAUUUUAGCUCUGUAAUUACUUAUUUAGUAACACUACACACUGGUCACAAAACACAGAUCAUAUAUUAUUAAAAAACAUGGUAUGAAGUUUGAGUUUCAUGUCUAGAUUUUGCAUUCCAUGCACUUCAGUUACUGUGACAUUUUUUUGUAUUUUUUUUUUUUUUUUGCUGCCAUGUCUUACUGUAAAUACUGUUUUUAAAUGAGCACCUGUCAUGCAUACAUUAAAACUAUGACUGUGUAAGCUACUGUUUUAACUCCCUAGACUGUUGCUAGCCAAAGGCAUAAAUGUGAUGUUUAACGGCUAAACACAACGACAUAUUGAUGAGUGUGUAAUACUUGCAUAACAAAACCAUAGGAAUGAGUCUGCGUUCAGGUCUGCACGUUAACGCUCCACCACUCCAUUAUCAUUCCAGCACAGAUGGAAGUGUUGCUCAGUAAACAAGCUCGUCCGCAUUAGCAAACAAAUGCCUACCAUGUUGCUUCAUCGCCUGACUUCUAAGUUAACAUCAUAGAUGUUCUCUGCAGUCCUUGGAUCUAUCUGAGAUACCCGUAGAAAGGCGACAGCUGAAUGCAUAUGGAUAGGACUCACUGAUUAUAAUUUAAAUAUAUAUAUAUGAAAAUUUAUAUAGAGUUUUUUUUUCUCACUGCAAUCAUCGGUCCAGCUGUAUAGGAGUUGUUGGAGUUGGUUAUGUUUGUAGUCUUGUUCAGUGGCAGUCCCUUAGUAUUUAUUUAAAUGAUUGGGAUUUUUCUUUCACAUUCCCAUUCCUCUGUACUCUAUUAUUGUAAAUAUAAAGCAAAUAUACACCAACUGACUACAGGUUUAUUAGCAAUAAAUAUUUUUGCACCCUU